AUGAAGAUAGCCCAACUCGUUUUUUCAGAGUUUUUCCUCCUACCCUUUUAUCAAAUUCAAAGAAAUAACCCCCAAACAAUGAGUCGUUUAUUUAGCCUCGGGUUGAUUGCAUCAUGGUACUCCUCAAAUAUAGGAGUUUUGCUAUUAAACAAAUAUUUGCUUAGCAACUAUGGAUUCAAGUACCCCAUAUUUCUCACUCUGUGUCAUAUGAUGGCAUGUUCAUUGUUUAGUUAUAUUGCAAUUACAUGGCUCAAGAUUGUGCCUUUGCAGACCAUGAGGUCAAAAUCACAGUUUUUGAAGAUCUCUGCUCUUGGGAUCAUAUUUUGUUCCUCUGUGGUGGCUGGAAAUAUAUCUCUUCGAUAUCUUCCAGUAUCGUUUAAUCAGGCUAUUGGGGCCACCACCCCAUUUUUCACUGCAGUGUUUGCAUAUUUGAUGACACUUAGAAGGGAAGGUUGGCUUACUUAUGUUUCUCUCGUUCCUGUUGUUGCUGGUUGUGUCAUUGCUAGUGGGGGGGAGCCGAGUUUUAAUCUUUUCGGGUUCUUAAUGUGUAUCGGUGCUACGGCGGCACGUGCACUCAAGACUGUGGUUCAAGGGAUUUUGCUAUCCUCUGAAGGGGAAAGACUCCAUUCUAUGAACCUCUUGAUGUAUAUGGCUCCGGUUGCAGUUGCAGUCCUUGUUCCUGCAGCUUAUUUUAUGGAGAAAGAUGUGGUUGGAAUCACAAUUUCCCUAGCAAGGGAUGAUAAGAAAUUCAUAUUCUAUCUGAUCUUCAAUUCUUCUCUAGCAUAUCUUGUGAAUUUGACCAACUUCUUGGUCACUAAACAUACCAGUGCUUUGACGCUCCAGGUCCUGGGAAAUGCAAAGGGAGCUGUUGCAGUGGUUAUUUCAAUUUUGAUAUUCCGGAAUCCUGUUUCAGUGACUGGGAUCUUUGGAUACAGCAUCACUGUGGCUGGGGUUGUUCUCUACAAUGAGGCCAAGAAAAGGAGCAGGAACGAUUGACGCAUCAUGCAGUGCGUUCAAAUAUCGAUUCUAUCUAUUUUAUGAUAAUUUAUUUAUCAGCACGCAGCAGCAGCAAAUUUUGUUGACCGAGAUUGAAGCAAGUUUGUGCAGCAGAUGCUAUAAUUUUGAUUCUCCUGUGUUCUUAAAGAAAUCGGGAAGAGAUACUCAGAGAAAGUAGAGACGCCCCUUUGGUGCAAGGUCAUACCUUAUCUGGGGAGUGGCAGAAAAUCUUGAUUGAUCUUAUUUCUCUAUUUUUUGGUAAAAAAUUAUGAUUAUUUUUUCGGUUUCCUAGU